UCUAAUCCUCAUGAAAACUUUGUGCCUAUACUGGACAAAAAUCCUAAUUGCACCAACGAUCACUCGUGUUUGCGCCGAGUCGAAUUCCAAUAAGUCGAAUAGUAUCGAAUAGUAUCGAAUUCAAUUGCAUCGAUUCGUUCGUUUAGUUUAAACACACCUUGAGAUGUAAUGAACUCGUGGAUAGCGGUGUGUACGAUAUGGCGUGGAUUGUUUUUGUUGCGGCAUUCUGUCAAGUUGCAAGAUCAAUUUGACACUUCGCAAUGCGAAGUGUUCGUGAUAUUAUUAAAACAUGGGCUUUUUGGAGGAUACAUUCGUGAUUCUUGUUACACAGGUGAUUUUCUUCUUAGGAGGAUGGGUAUUUUUUGUAAAAAAGUUAUUUCGGGAUUACGAAGUUCAUCAUAGAUUAGUACAAUUAAUUUUCUCCACAACGUUUUCAUUGUCCUGUACUAUGUUUGAGCUAAUUAUUUUUGAAAUAGUAGGAGUUCUUGAUUCUAGUUCUAGAUAUUUUCAUUGGAACGUUGGUCUUUAUAUGCUUCUCUUUAUGGUAAUUGUUCUGAUUCCAUUUUACAUAGCAUACUUUAUUAUCAGUAAUAUUAGAUUUGUAAGACUGAGAUUAAUACGACCAUUAACGGUUAUUGUAUAUCUUUUUUACCUUUACUUGUUUUGGAAAGUGGGAGAUCCUUUUCCAAUUUUAAGUCCAAAGAAAGGUCUUUUAUCUAUCGAACAAGGUGUUAGUAGAAUAGGAGUUAUCGGCGUUACCGUUAUGGCACUGUUGUCAGGAUUUGGUGCUGUUAAUUAUCCGUACACCUCGAUGGCUUAUUUCAUGAGGCCAGUAACAUACGCCGAUGUUCAGGCUAUAGAGAGACGGUUAUUGCAAACAAUGGACAUGAUUGUUGCUAAAAAAAAGCGGAUAGCACUAGCUAAAAAGGGAGAAGUGGUAGGACAGACUGAAGCUCGUUCUCGGCUUUGGGGUAUGCUCGGGCCUUUAAGCGGUACUAAAAGUAAUCAAGAGAGUAUUAAACAGCUACAAACAGAAGUCAUGGCACUAGAAGAAUUAUCCAGACAGUUAUUUUUAGAGGCACACGAUAUUCAGAUCGCAAGAGAACGCUUAGAAUGGGCUGCUACUUGGCAAGGAAAAUAUUUCAAUGUUUUAGGAUAUUUCUUCUCUGUAUAUUGUACGUGGAAAAUAUUUAUCUCAACGAUUAAUAUAGUUUUCGACCGUGUCGGCAAGAAAGAUCCUGUAACUAGGGCAAUCGAAAUCGCAGUACAUUGGAUGGGUUUCAAUAUUGAUGUUACAUUCUGGUCGCAACACAUUUCCUUUUAUCUUGUUGGUUGUAUUGUUCUUACGUCAAUCCGUGGUUUAUUAUUAACCCUUACAAAGUUUUUUUAUGCUAUAUCAAGUAGCAAAUCAUCGAAUAUUAUUGUGCUUAUACUUGCUCAAAUAAUGGGAAUGUAUUUCGUAUCUUCGGUACUUUUAAUGCGAAUGAAUAUGCCUGCUGAAUAUCGAAUAAUAAUAACUCAAGUUUUAGGGGAAUUACAGUUCAAUUUUUAUCAUAGAUGGUUCGACGUUAUUUUUUUGGUAUCUGCUUUAUCGUCAAUCGUGUUUUUGUACUUAGCUCAUAAGCAAGCACCGGCAGAACGUAUUUGAUUCAAUAGAACAUUGUUUUUUUUCGUUUAUUUAAUUAAAUCAAGAUAUUUUUUUUGUUUUCGUGUUUACAAUUCUAUUACAAAAUCUUUUUCUGUAAUAAAAUUUGUUUUUCUAGUUUAAAAAUCUAUUUUAAAAAAACAAUUAAUUCGAUGUAUUAAGUAUUUGAAUAUUUUUUCUCUAGAUAUAUGUUGAACAUUUAUAUUUCUAAUACAUACGAUGUUUUGUUGACAUGCAUAAUUAUAAGCUUCAAAGAUUGAAUAAUGAUUUUACAAUUUUACUAUUUGAUCAAACGGAAAUAGCUUCUUUUCAAACUUGUCAAAGUAAUAAAUAUAUCAUUUACAUUAACUCUACGUUGUAUUUGUUCUUUUGCGGUAUACAAUGAUAUUUUGAUCACAGAUAGCUGACAAAAUUACGUGAAUAGAAAAUUGGCAUUACUGUAUGAUUACUGAAUGUA